AUGCUUUUCACUCAAUUUCGAUUACAUUCUUUCUGUCAAAUAAACAAUUUCUACCUUGAAUUUCUUCCAAUUCAUUUCCUAUCAUGCAUAUUCAAAAGCGUCACCGUACCUAAUGAACAAAGAAAUCAUAAAUGUUGGCGUCGAUUUAUGAAUGCACGAGGAAUUGAACGAGCUUAUGUACCUACAGAUUACGAACAUGCGGCGAAUUGUCUAACACACGGGUGUCUUAUUAUUCCAGCGUGCAUUGCUGCACAACGAUUGAUAUCUCGUGCAGAAACCGUUGAGCAAUACUGGAGUAGUUUCAUCUAUGGAAAUGCUCUUAUUUUACUCUUUUCAUUCUCUACUAUCUUCCACUGUUCAUGUUUUCAUCCAACCUACAGAGAAUCUCAAAUAAGACAUCUAUUACAUCGAGUAGAUCGAGCAGUGAUUUACAUAUUCAUCAGUUCAAGUUAUACACCCUGGCUUCUUCUACGUCCAGCACAAUCCGUAUCUUCAUCGACAACGAUAACUGUCGUAUGGGCGAUGUCAUUUUUAGGCAUCACUUACCAACUGCUGUACCAUGAAAGGUAUAAAUUAGUUGAAAUUUGUUGCUAUAUCGUUGUCGGUCUUUUUCCUGCGAUUGUAAUCAUCGACAUGGCUGAUCAUGCCGGUGUUUUCGAAAUGGGUCUUGGUGGACUCAUGUUUCUAGUCGGCGUCUUCUUUUUCAAAUCUGAUGGUAUCAUCCCUUUUGCACACGCAAUCUGGCAUUGUUUUGUCUUCUUCGGCGCUAGUAUUCAUUACUAUGCAGUUUAUAAUUAUUUAAUAGUUCCAUCAUCUUCCAAGACGAAGCACCAUUAA